AUAAAAUAAAAAUGGAAUCCGGCCAAUCUCCAGAAGAAAACCAAGGUGAUGAGAAGUACAUUCUCCUAGGAAACACAAAAUGUGUUGCAGAGUAUGAGAAGAUAAAAGUAAUCGGCGAAGCCAAAAACAGAAAGGAUGGUAAAUAUUAUGCCCUGAAGAAAAUCCGAAUGGCCAAUGAAACAGAUGGUUUUCCUAUAACAAGUUUAAGAGAGAUUAAACUACUACAAAAGCUGAGUCAUCCAAAUAUUAUCGAUCUUAAAGAAGUAUCUGUUGGGUAUAAACAAGAGAAUGUUUUCCUCGUUUUUGAUUAUUAUGACACAGAUUUAGCAAACCUUGUAGAUUCUCUUGCAGUCGUAAACAAGUCACUCUCACUCAGUGAUAUUAAAAUGAUCAUGGAAAAGCUACUCUUAGCAGUAGAGUAUAUGCAUAGAAAUGAGAUUAUGCAUAGAGAUCUCAAGAUUUCCAAUAUUUUAGUCAAUAAGAAAGGAGAUAUCAGAGUAGCUGACUUUGGACUCGCUAGAGAGAUGGCCCCUGAUUAUGAUCAUUUUACUAAGAAAGUUGUUACUCUCUGGUAUAGAGCUCCAGAAAUCUUACUUGGGUGCCAUGACUAUUCAACACCUUCUGAUAUAUGGGCUCUCGGGUGAAUAUUUGGAGAGCUUUUAUGAAACGGAAAGCCUCUUUUCCCUGGUUCAAGUGAAAUUGACCAAUUCCAGAAAAUCUGAAAUUUGAUAGGAAAGCCGAAUAAACAUAUCUGGCCAGACUAUGUUGAUAUGGAAGUAUCUGCCAAACUUGAUUCUCUUGUAGAGAAUGAAUACAAUGAUAUUCCUAUAAAGUUUAAGAAAUUCAGUCCUGCUGCAGUAAAGCUCCUCGAAGAUAUGCUAGUGUGGGAUCCCUUAAAGAGAAUCACUGCUGAAGAAGCUCUUCAAAGUGAUUUCUUCAACGAGCCUCCCUUCUGGACAGAGAGUAGGAAGAUGAGUUUCCUCAAUGAAUUAGGAUAAUUAUUGAAUAUAAAAGCCUG